AUGCGCUCUUAUUUUCCGCGAUGCCCUUCGAACCRCGGGGWUUCGGUGUAGAGCUUACGCAAAUACCCGGCCAGCCUCGGAAGCAGCUCCAUCACUCUUGCGCACACAAUUGAACAACCUUGAACAGUUUCAAAAUCAGUUACGGUGUUCUCUGAAUUGUUUGAUUGUUUAAUCUUAUUAUAAUUACAACGUGAAAAGAAGACUUGAAAUUGCGUGUUCAAUUGAUCAAGGUUCGGUGAGUUUCAAUAGGCCGUCUAUGUGGAACCCUCAUCAAGUAGUAAAGGUUAACACUAAUGAAUCUCUACCUGAUAUUGCUACUGAUAACAACAGAUAAAAGUCACGCGAACAGCCUCACUUCGCUUUAAUAGUGGAAAAAUAUAACUUGUUUAGAAGUUUCAUUGAUGCGAACUUUGCACAAUACUUGGAUGAGUCUUGAAGAGAUGUYAUAGCUUCGGCGACGCUUGAAUUUGGUGACAUCCAAUACUGCAGUCAUACGCAUAAAAUUCACUGGCUGUCAUUUCAAGUGUUACACAAUUAAAAGGAGAGUGUGAGUCAUCGAUCUGUCAGCGUGCGAGCUGUGGUGAUGAAUAUAUAGUUGGGACCUGUGUUAGCCUGGGCACUUGGAAAUAACACCUGAACAGCAACACUCUGCAGACAGGAGGUCGUCUUCUGGAGCUGCGCAGCAACUAUGUCGCUCACGAUGGAACGCGUACAAACCUAUGCAACGUUCCUCCUCUUUCAAACCAUGAUGACACUGGAGUUUAUCGUCUUCAAGUUUCUUCACAGUAUUCCAUUUGUGGGGGACUACACAACUGURAAAUGGUUCGAUUGGACGGCGAGGAUAGUCAUGAAGAAAGAGGAAUACUGGAAUACAGCCUUCGGAUGGGAAAUGUAUAAGUUGCAGACAAGAGUCGUUCAAAAAGGAACCUUCAAGAAUGCAAAACUAGGUCGACCUGCACCAAAUCCAGAAGUACUUCUCCUUGAUGGAAACCGCGAUGCAAAAAAGCUUCUUGACUACUGCAAGGGGACGAGGCCACUGGUCUUGAACUUCGGUAGUUGUAGCUGACCCCCGUUUGUCGAGAAGAUGGGCGAAUUCGGCGAAAUCCAAAAGGAAUUUGCUGAAAUUGCCGACUUCUUGGUUAUAUACAUUGAGGAGGCGCACCCAGUUGAAGGCUGGAAUUUUAACAAUGGUCAAGAUUAUGCUGCGCAUAAGACUGCGCAUGACCGCAUCAGAGAGGCUCAGAUUCUCGCCAAACAAUUYCCGUCKACUCAAUUCGUAGCAGACAACAUGGAYGACGAUGCUAUGCUGGCCUAUGGUGCCCUUCCCGAGAGAUUGUACAUCAUUCAAAAUGGUGCCGUAGUGUAYGAAGGUGAUAUUGGGCCACGUGGAUAUUGUCCACAACAAGUACGUGAUUGGCUGGAUAAAUAUAGAUUGCGUGAAAAUAACAACUAACUUAGUUAACGAUGAUUGGAUGAAUUCCUCGAUGUCAGUUGUGGGCUUCCUGUGUUACAGUAUUCAGAGGAGGAAUGGAGAACCUCUGCGUAUAAUGUCAACUGAGGACAGUAAUUAUUCACCACGAUGUAAUCACGUGAAAGUGAAGUGGACACAUUUAGUAUAGGUAUUGUAGAUAUAAAUCAUAAUAACUCAUAUAUAUUAGAUAGCAUCGAAAACGAGUCUCCUCGUGCUCAAUCGUUGCCUUACUCAUCGAUUUUCCAUUGGUAUUGACACUUGCAUAGAAAGAAUGUGUCAUUCUUUAUCAAUAUCUUGAGUCACUCAAAUGUAUGUAUGUAGCGUUUUUGUACUGUUCUCGAUUGCUUGAAGACAGCCGUAAACGAAGCAAAUAUUCACUACGAAAACGCAUGUGUGUGGGCAAGUCCUCAGUGUAAUACACUAGGCUUAGCGAAAUCGUUCGGUUUCUCACUAUUUUUUUCCUAAAAACCUUAAUUUGCUUAGAACAGCGAUUUACACUGAGGUUGCCUAAGGUUAAACUAAGAUUGUCUAAUUUUUGCUCUUUAGCUUAAUCCUGUUGAUUCGUAUAUCUAUUUUAGRCAUUUUGGACUUAAAAAGACAAACUAGUCACAUUUACAACAUUAUUUCAAGUGACUUUGUAACUAAAUGACAUAGAAAGAGGUCACAGAUAUACGAGAUUCCUUUACAUUCUAUGCUCUAAAACUCCAUAAAUCUGGUAACGAUUUAUGAUCUGUGUGUAAGGAUAAACAAGGGCGGGAWAAUGUGUUUCAGAUUUGCUAAUGAUGACGACCAAAGAGAAAAUAUUGUACUUUUUGGUCUGAUGUGAAAGCAAUUCAAGGACAGCAUUUUGUUUACUUGAUUAUCAGAAGGAUUUCUUGCUUGAUUUCUAGCUGAAAAGAGAUUUGUKUGGAAUGUAUUUUGUAAAACGCCACAUUGCCCAUAUUGCUCUAGUAUUUUUCUACCACAUUUAGCAAAUGGCUUUAUAUUUUCGAUUUAUACGUGGUUAUAAGUAUCCAGACUUAUAAUAAAUGUAGAUAUCACUAUG